UGGUAUCUGCCUGCAAGUCAAAACACAGGGCAGCAAACACCCCGGUGCCUAGGGGCGUCUUAGUCACAUGAUGUACUACGCUAGCUAACGAGCUAACGUAUUAGCUUGGCUUGUCAAAGCCGUAGUCAGGAAUCACACACAGGACUGAAUCUCCUAACUUAUUGAACAGACAGCCCGUCACAGAGGCGUGAACCUCUCGGAAGGGGAUUGUAGAAAGCCUCUUCUUCCCUACUCGCUCUCCUUCAGAUAUCAAGUCAUUAAAACCUCAGCACAAUAAGUCAGUGGGCUUUGGGCGUCCCUUAAAGCCCACCACGGAAAGCCGGUCCUCCAUCAGCGCAGAGGAAUCGACAGACUCGAGCUGUGGACUGGCAUGGGCGAGAUGGAUAGGCAGUAAUUGGGACAUCCACUUCAGAGGUACACGUUGAUUUCGUAAUGACAAGCUGCUGUGCAGAAGAUGUCCACGCUGUCUGUGACUGAUAUCCCAGAUGUUGGUCAUGAUGAGAGUAAGGUGUUUGACGGGGCCUCUGAGCUGCAGCUGGACUGCUUGGCUGAGGAGAGCGGUGUAAAUACCACAAUGAAGCCCGACGGCCUGCUGUCACUGACCGACCUCACCCAGCCAGAUGACUUCCCAGUCGCCUCCCACAAUGGCCAGUCGCUUGCCGACAUGAGCAGCUCUCUGCCGGUGGAGCCAAGUGACAUCAAACUGGAUCCGUGUGCAGGUGACGCGUCUGGUAGCGUAGACGGUCAGCCGGUGAAGAGAAAAAAGGGUCCUGCUCCGAAGAUGCUGGGCAACGAGGUGUGCAGUGUCUGCGGCGACAAGGCUUCCGGUUUUCACUACAACGUGUUGAGCUGCGAGGGCUGCAAGGGAUUCUUCCGCCGCAGCGUCAUCAAAAGCGCCCAAUACUCCUGCAAGAACAAUGGCCGCUGCGAAAUGGACAUGUAUAUGCGCCGCAAGUGCCAGCAAUGUCGGCUGCGCAAGUGUCGGGAGGCGGGCAUGCUGGAGCAGUGCGUGCUUUCUGAGGAACAAAUCCGGUUAAAAAAGCUGAAAAAGCAGCAGGAGGAGGAAACUGCACGCACUUCCACAGUGGUCACACCGACCCCUCUGCAGGAAGCAGCCACUCUCGACCCACAGCAGCAGGAGAUGAUCGAGAAGCUGGUGGCCAUGCAGAAACAAUGCAACAAGAGGUCUUUCCUUGACCGACCAAAAGUUACGCCUUGGCCCCAGAGUCAAGACUUACAAAACCGAGAAGUGCGACAGCAGCGGUUCGCCCACUUUACAGAGCUUGCAAUAAUGUCCGUUCAAGAAAUUGUGGAUUUUGCAAAGCAGCUUCCUGGCUUCCUGGAGUUGACGAGAGAAGACCAGAUCGCUCUACUAAAAACCUCCACCAUUGAGAUUAUGCUGUUGGAGACGUCCCGGCGAUACAAUCCAGCCAUUGAAAGCAUUACUUUUCUGAAGGAUUUCAGCUAUAAUAAGGAUGAUUUUGCCAAAGCAGGGCUUCAGUUUGAGUUCAUUAACCCCAUAUUCGAGUUUUCAAAAGGAAUGAACGACCUGCACCUCGAUGAGGCCGAAUAUGCUCUGCUCAUUGCUAUCAACAUCUUUUCUGCAGAUCGGCCAAAUGUGCAGGAUCACGAUCUUGUUGAGAGGCUUCAGCAGCCCUAUGUAGACGCUCUGCGCUCUUAUAUCAUGAUAAAGAGACCAAAUGAUCACCUUAUGUUCCCCCGUAUGCUGAUGAAACUGGUGAGCCUUCGCACAUUGAGCAGUGUCCACUCGGAGCAGGUAUUUGCUCUCCGCCUCCAGGACAAAAAGCUUCCCCCGCUGCUGUCUGAAAUCUGGGAUGUCAAUGAGUGACUGCGGUCAAGGUGUCUCACUCUGUGACUUAUGGACCCUGAGAGGGACAUGGCUUCUAUGAAAAAACCGCCAACUCCUCUCUUCUCCUGUGGUCAGGGACUGGAUAUUGCCUUGAGAUUUUCAUUUCACCCUGAAGGGAGUAGAGUGCUCUAACCCUUUGCUCCCUAAAAGACUGUUAAACAGUAUUGUGUGCAGUGGAGGAAACAUGCACGCAAACAUUUCUUAUUUUUUUCUUCAUUGUAGAUGCUCACAUGAUUGUGGUUAAGUUUAGGCGUUAAGGGUUUUCAGACACUUUUCUUUGAUUCAGUCAUUUUUUUUUAAAGUUAAAUUGGGUCACGUUCGUGGUUCUGUACCUUUCUUCUACUAAUUAAAAUCAGGAAGCACUGAGCAGGUCUUGGCUGUUACUGUCUUAAAAAUUGCAAUGUCUCAUUAAGAGGAAAAUAUGAUUUCUGCAGCUGUGCAGAGGCAGAGAUGCUUUUCUGCCUGUAUUUUGUCCUGAUUUAUGUAUGGUAACAGCUAGUUUUGCAUUUCCUUCAGAGUAAAUUCAGAGGUCUUAUGGUUGGACUCAUUGCUCAGGUAAAGUAAUGUGAAGCAGACCUCUGAGAAGUAGAGGUUUCUUUAAUUUUAAGUCUAUUACUCUUUUAUUUUAUUUUUUCUUUCUCACUGCAAAAGGGACCUUUUUGGUCAUUAAUAAAUGCCCAUUAACAUUUAUGAAAGUUGGACAUCACAUAUCCAUAAGAAUGUACAAUCAUUACAUCUAACAAGAUUCUAAAUUCCUUCAAGUGGUGUCAAUAAAGUCAAUCAAUGCAUUUAAAUUACUUGUAUUCUCAAAGAUUAGUAAGUGGAUUAAGGAAGUGUCUUUACUAGACUAGGCUCCAGUCUCAUUUUAAAGAAUUCCUAAUUGGAAAUCUGAUUGUUAUUCAUUACUUGUAUGACAUUUUGUGUUAUUUGUGAUUUGUUUUUUCAUGGAAAAAUACCUUUUUUUCAUGAGAAAUGCCAUGAAAAAAUUAAUUUUUUAAAUUUAAGUUAAUAAAAUUUUGCAACUGCUUUUAUUUAACAACACACUGAAAAAGAAAAUGUAGUUAUAAAGCUAACUUAAAAGAUCUAUUACACAAGCAUUCUUGAACUUCAUACCAGCAUCUAUGCUGAAAACCUUCAAUAAAAAGGCACCAGAAUUCAGCAAAGACAUUAGAAUGUAAGUUGUAUUGAAUAAUAAUUACUGGGAUCUGGUUCUUUUGGCUGUUCUCCAUGAAUUGCCUGUCAGUGUGAAGUUGAAAUCUUGGAUAAUCAAAAACUUAAGUGUGAAAUUUGUGGAGUUUAUUUUUCAGUGUCCUCUUUAGACGGCAUAAAUGUGAAUGAUUGAAUAUUCUGGGUAAAUUAACUCCGGGCUAUUUCCCAUCUUCAGAUGUUUAUAGUUGCGUUGCUAAUUUACAAGCCACUUGAAUAAAAUCCCAAACCCACCGUCUGUGAACUGAUUUACAUGGCAUGCAAACAAAGCUAGACUGAGUCAGGACAAACAGAAAUGUAAAAACAAAGUCUGCUUGCCCUGGUAUUUUUCUGAUCACAUGUUGGUUCAGACAUUUUGCUUUCUUCCUCAAAAUGUAACUGUGUUAUUUUUGUCACUUUUACAACAUUUUAAUUCUUUUAAAAUUAUAUUUUCAGAAAGAGGUCUAUUGUUGAGAGAGUGUACACAAUAUUCUUUUGGUUUGAACGUUUUGCUUUUUGUGUUCCUUUGCAACAGAAUUUGUGAGAUUGUUUCUUAACUUUUGGGUUUGACGCCAACAGCUAAACACUAAUUUCUGUGCAAGGGAUCCAAGGUGCCCCAAUCAAAUAUCUGACCCACUGACUGAGGGGAGAAAGAUGAAACUGAAACUAUCAUGGCUGGGUGUGCUGUAGUGUAAUCAACUCAAAACUAUUUUUGUGUGAGUACAUGUUAAUGCUCUAGCUAUCAAAGUUAAUUUUACUGUAUAUACUGCAAUUGUAACAUCUGAUCUAAUUCCUGUCUUCGAAGGGUAACUGUAAACAUUGAUAUAUAGAAAUGCAAAACUAUUUUAAUACUUGUAACUUCUAAAGACAACCUGUUUUGUAUGUACAGUAUAAAUUAAAGCUCUGCUGUAGUGUUAA